GCUGUCUUGUUCAUCUACUCAACAUCAUUUCUGAGACUGCCACGUAUCACUAUCUCGAAGAUUGCGACUCUUGAGCCUCUGCGACGGCGAACAAUCGACAAGCGUUCUGUGUCGAAUCUCUUUGGUAUCCAUCUACCAUCCCCAGGUCCCACAUUCAUUUCACCUCUGUAGAUCCGACAGAUCGCCAAGGCACACGACUCGCUGCUAGUCCGCAGAGUCACCGUUUCAGCAAGAGCUUGGUACGAGAGGCGAGGGUUGGUAUAAAAGCAACACAUCUCACACUAGGCCAGAGGCUCAUUCCGAAUUUGACAUGUCCUUGAGGGGCAGUAAUUCACACCGUCUGUCUCGUCAAGGCUUCUCACCAAUUCCACACGAGAACAUGAACAACGGUGACGCGACUAUCGACAUUCCUCUGCAAGAGGUCCAUUCGACCCAGCACAGGAGUGACAGCUCAACACCCUUCGCCAACCAGGGCGACAACCUCUCAAAAACAACAUCACGUCAGCCACCACGCACAAUUGGCGGACGAAGAGCAAGAAGGGCAGGGAACAACGAAUCUGUCGGCUAUGAUGGAGAAGAGGACACUCUGAACCGUAUGGGCAGAAUCUACAACAAGAUCCUCAACUUCAGCAUCAUCACCCGCUACUUUGUCUACGUCUCGCCAUUGGCUCUCUGCAUUGCCAUCCCUAUCAUUGUUGGAGCUACAGCUGCUCCCCAUGCAAAGAUUGGCGGCGUGCCCAUUGUCUGGUUCUUUACCUGGAUCGAGAUUGUCUGGCUCAGCUUGUGGGGCUCCAAGAUUGUCGCCCACUUCCUUCCCUUCGUCUUCCAAUUCGUGGCCGGUGUAGUCAGCUCUGGCACUCGCAAGUAUGCUCUUAUCAUCAAGGCGCUCGAAAUUCCUCUGUCUCUGGCAGGAUGGGCCAUCACUUCUUUGGCAACAUUCAUUCCCCUCAUGACACGCAAUCCCUACGGCCGCGCCCACAAUCAAGCCAUGACCCACUGGAUGAAGAUCAUGAACCAAAUUCUCGCUGCAUGUUUGAUAGGAACUCUCGUGCUGCUCGUUGAGAAGUUCUUCAUCCAGCUCAUCAGUAUCAACUACCACCGCAAGCAAUUCAAUGCUAGAAUCAAGGACUCCAAGCGCAACGUCUUCCUCCUCGGUCUGCUCUACGACGCCUCCAGAGCUCUCUUCCCAGCAUACGAGGUCUUUGCUGAGGAAGACUACAUGAUCGCCGAUCAACUCAAUCUUAGCAUGUUGGGUGGAAAGAACGCAAACCACAAACGCUCCGGUUCAGUCACGCCUUUCCGCCUGUUGCAGAACGUUGGAAGAUUCGGUGACCAGGUCACUUCCGCUUUCGGAAACGUCGCCCAGGAGAUUACUGGAAAGCAGGUCUUCAACCCCAACAGCGCACACUCGAUCGUUACUGGCGCCCUCGAGAAGAGACGUACCUCCGAAGCUCUGGCCAGACGUUUGUGGAUGUCCUUUGUCAUGGAGGGCAAGGAAGCCCUGUUCGAGGACGACAUUAUCGAGGUUCUUGGUGACAACCGUAGAGAAGAAGCCGAGGAGGCCUUCAUCAUGCUGGAUAAGGACUGCAACGGUGACAUCUCUCUCGACGAGGCUGUCCAGCAGGUCAUUCAGAUCAGCCGUGACCGCAAAGCUCUCGGAACCAGCAUGCACGAUGUCGACCAAGCUAUCAACGUCCUCGACAGACUGCUCAUGGUCAUCGUCUUCAUCAUCAUUAUCUUUACCUUCAUCGCAUUCCUCAACGCCAGCUUCACCACCACUCUGGCCACUGCUGGUACCACCCUUCUUUCCCUGUCCUUCGUCUUCUCCGUCACCGCCCAGGAAGUCUUGGGAUCUUGCAUUUUCUUGUUUGUCAAGCACCCUUACGACAUAGGAGAUCGUGUUGACAUUGGUUCCGAUCACUUGGCCGUCGACCACAUCUCUCUCCUGUUCACCGUCUUCCGCCGAAUCAGCGGCACGGAAGUUGGCAAAUGUGUCCAGAUCCCGAACAACGUGCUUAACGGACUUUGGAUUGAGAACGUCUCUCGUUCUAAGCUCAUGAAGGAACAGCUCACUCUUGACGUCAGUUUCGAUACCACGUUUGAGGAUAUUCAACUUCUCAAGAACGAACUCAUCAACUUCGUCUCCGACAAGGACAACAGCCGCGACUUCCUUCCUGAAAUUGACGUUGAGGUUUUGGGAACUUCUGACAUGUCCAAGUUGCAACUCAGAGUCGAGGUCAGACACAAGGGUAACUUUGCCAACGAGACACAACGUGCAGCUAGACGCUCCAAGUUCAUGUGUGCUCUUGUCCAAUCUAUUCGCAGAGUUCCCAUCAACGGUCCUGGUGGCGGUGGUGACGCACUUGGAGGCCCUGCAAACCCGACUUACUCGGUCUCUGUUUCGGAUGGAUAUGCCACCGAAGCUCGUGAAGCCUCUGCUGAUACCAAGGAUAAAGCUAGACUCGUGCCUAACAAGAAGGUCGAAGAAGCUUUGAGCCCCAGCCAGACACGUUCCAAGAGCACGGGUACAGGCCCUCUUGGCCUCUCAGCAAAGGAAGCCGCAAUCGUCGAUCAUCUUCACUCUCAAGCACCUGGUCUGGACACCACUCGCGACGAACCGUGGAUGGAGAACGGCAGUAGCACUUUAGACGAGCGUUCAAACUCGGAUCGUGCCCAAGAUAUCGAAGAAGUCAGAGGUUUGUUGCAAAGAGAAAACACCAAGGGCAAACGUCGUCCUUCCCAGGCAACAAGAUCUCAACAGCCUGGAGUGCCGACAAUCAUCGAGUCAAUGCCCCCUCCCGUCGCAUAUACCGGUUACGCUCAAACGGCCGAAGCCAGUCUUGAUGUCGACGACUACGAACAAUACCGCACCCAAGCUCAGGGUGGCCAAGGUCAAGGAUUGAACCUCACCAUCCCCAACACUGGCCCUGCUCUUCCCACAAGCCCCUCAGCUUACGUGCAAGGUUCCAACUACGUGGACAUCAAUCGAACGACAUCCGGACGUCAGCCAUCUGGCCAGAAUGUUGAGAUGAGACAGAUGGGACGCAGUCCCAGCAACCCUUAUCGCCAGCAAUCCACCAGAAGAACCUCUAACCCUUACGACAGUGAUUGAAUCUCUUCCACGACCUAGAUGAGGAAAUAAAAGUUCGAAUUGCUGGUCGACUCGGAUCUCAGCGUUGCUCUGAGCACAUUUUUUCACUUUUCGGCAUCAGCAUCAGCAUGUUUUCUUUUCUUUUUUUUGCAUUGCUUGCUCGUUUGGCAAUUGCUUUUGUUUAUUUGUACAUUCUUUGUGCAUCGCACUUGCAUGAAAAAGCACGGCACUGGAGUUUUCUGAUUCGCAUUUCUCGAAAGAAGGGCCAUCGGUGUUGUACAUAGCCCCAUCACUUGUUUUAUAGAUCGACAGUAGAAACAGUUCAUUUCCAACAUCAAGACAAUGAUUCGAAAAG